CAACGGCGGAUUCCGUGGCGCAUCCCACCGACGUCUUAGUGCGCAUUCCUGGAGCUCUACGCUGCGCUACCCGCGCGACAAAAAGCUCGGCUGCUGGCGUUGGGACGAGGGAGGCCGGACAUGCUCCGACGCCCUUCCGAGCACAGCGGCUCACUGCCCAUGCCAAUCCGCCAUCAUGGGUCGGCGCCAAACCAGCGGAUAGCGUCGGCUCUCCCUUCCAUGAACUCGAGCUUAUGGAGCUCUGGGACGGGACCGGCAAGACCCGUGUACGACAGCACGUGAACCCCCUGCGUCGGGAAUUCCAGGCCCCCACCGCUCCACCCGACUGGUCUGCUGUGUUUGCUGACCCCAGCCUGCCGUUAGCGCUGGACAUCGGCAGUGGAUACGGUCGCUUCCUGCUGCUGCUGCAACGCAGCAGACCUGACAAAAAGAUAAACUACUUGGGGGUGGAAAUCCGAAAACCGCUCGUGGACCGGUCCAACGCCUGGUCGGAGCGGCUGGGUCUGGGCGGCCAGGUGCACUACGUGUUCGGAAACGCCACAGUGAGCGCCCCCCUGCUGCUGCGGGGCUACCCGGGGCCGCUGGAGGAGGUCUUCAUUCAGUUCCCCGACCCUCACUUCAAGCGGCGGCACCACAAGCGGCGAGUGGUGCAGCGCGAGCUCGUGGAGGCGCUGGGUGAUGCCAUGGCGCCUGGGGGCCUGCUGCUGCUGCAGUCCGACAUUGAGCCGGUAGCAGCUGCCAUGCGCGACAGCUUUGAGGCGUACGGCGCAGCAGCGUUUGAGCUGGCACCCCAGCACUCCGAACCACAAGCCGUGUUCUUCAGCGGCCCUGUUAGCACCGUUAAAAGUAGUACCGGUAACACCUGUAGUAGUAGCAUUCGUGUUGCCGAUAACAAGGAGGACGGCGGUGGCAGCAGCCGCAGCGGCAUUAGGGAGGCUGAUGACAGCAGCAGCAGCAGCAGCGGCAGCGGGGAUAGUACCGGUAUCAACGCCAUCUCUCUCAGUAGCAAUGGUGGUGGUGGGGUCAGUGAAGAGCGACCCAUGGGUCAUGAACCGGACGCACUGGCAGCAGCAGCAGCAGCGGCGGCAUUGGAUGGUACGGAAGUAGUAGCGGCGGUUGGUGUACGACAAACGGCGGAAAUGGCGGGAACGACAGGAGGUACGGCAGCGGCUAGCUGCGGCAGCUGCUUACCUGACCACCCGAACACCUCCUCCCAAGCUUCAUCCCGCAUACACCAUAACAAAACCCUCCGUCAGCAGAGCCGAGGGGACGUCACUCACGAUGUUGACAGUGUCACCAGCAGCAGCACCGCCACCAGCAGCGACGGCGGACAUACCAAUGACCCCUCCCAUGCAGCACCAAUAGAACACAGACCAGUAGCAGCAGCAGUGAGCUCCCCGCUAUGCAGUUCUACCGUUCGAGGCGAGGCGACAGCCGACAGCGACGGCGACAGCGACAGUGACAGCAGCAGUGACGGAGAACGUGGAGACGAGGGCAGCGGCAGUCUUAGCACCCACAGCGCCGGCAACAGUACCAGCAGCAGCAGCAGCACUAGCAGCGGCAACAGCAGUAGCAGUGAUGGUGAUUUGCUUCUGUUGAACCCGCAGUGGGCUGCCGGGGGGUGGCUGGCGGUCAACCCGGUGGGGGUGCCCACGGAGCGGGAGUUCGCCGUAACACAGAAGGGGCAGCCGGUGUACCGGGUGCUGCUGAGGAGGAGGGAUAAGUAAAUGAAAAGUGAAGCAACGGAGGUGAGGCUACAGCGAGUGGCGCAGAGGGCGAGGUAGACACACCGGUAGGAACGGCGAACACGUGAAGUGGGAUGGGACUGUUUGUUCGCACCGGGCUUGCAUGCGUGUUGACAAAGCUGGCCGCGAGCAGUAAACCGCACUGGAUUGUCGGAAGAUGAUGUUGUCCCCACCCAAGCGCAUGCGUGUAUGGUACUCGGUCGUGACGUGCUGUCGGACGGGUGAGGUAGUGAGUGCCAGUAUGAGGUGAGAAAAGGUGAGGCGGGAGAAGGGAAAGGAGGGAGAGGAGGGAGAGGUGAGCCGCUUGGAUGGGGAGUAACCGAUGAAUGGGGGUAUGCAGUCAUGAGGAGCUUGGUGUACGGUAUAUAUGCAAAGGUUGUGUGCUCUGCUAAGUUGCGUACUGUUAAUCGACAAGGCUAGUUGUGUACUGUCCUGGCCGUAGCUAUCGAUCGACCGAGGAGAGGUGCACUUGUGCGGCUGUUGUCCGGGCGUCUGGUGCAGUGGUGCUUGAUGGUGGAUGCGUGCUCGCCUGGCUCGGCGGUGUCCCGUGGGUCGUUCCUAAGCACCUGCUUCCGUGUGUCGUUUAUCGUGCGGCUAGCGAGUUAAGAAUUAGUAAAAUAGGGCUUUUAAGGGGUAAAAGCAGUCCAUUUUGUCAUUUGGGGAUGCAAGUAGAGGAAGCGUGGUUGGCUGGCUGUAAUGCCACUCGAUGCCAUCAGUCAUGGAUGCCUGUUGUUUGGGCACAGCAGUAGCCCCAUCGGUUGCAGAAAAUGUAAGCGAGAUAGUUGUUCGGGAAGAGAUGAUUUACAAUGGGCUUUGGUCGGUGACGUUGGUGACGUCUAGCGGGGGCGCUUUAUCGUAAUCUUACCUACGACCCCUUGACG